AUGCCACCUCAAUCUGUGGUAAUUGUUGGGGGUUCUGUUGCAGGACUGCUACAGGGACUGCAGCUCAAACGCAGCGGUAGCAAUGUCAUCGUGCUCGAGCAAGACCCUUCCAAGGACCGCCACAGCCAUGAAUCCGGGGUAUCGAUUGGACGAACUGUGGUACACUUGUUGGAUAAAUAUGACGCCACAGGGCGACCAGCUGCAAUUCCAGCAAAGUAUUUAAGUGCUGCAUGGCACAAAUGGCUCAGGGUGGUGAAUACCCAUUGGGCACACAGUAUGAGCAACUGGGGGUGUCUGUACCUAAUCCUGCGAGCGAACUUCGACGGUUUGAAAUCCGAGACAGUCCCAAACCCUCCACAGCCACGAAAGGGGGAUGGCAAGGUUGAGUAUUGGCCUGGAAAGCGCGCUACUGGACUAAAGUAUGACCGGGAUGCAGGUAAGGUGCACCUCCAGUAUGUGGACGUGACAACCGGUGAGGAGGGAACUGUUAGUGCAGACACCAUCAUUGCAGCAGACGGCGUGCACUCCACGAUAAGGAAAAUACUGCAGGUGCCGACGCGCAAGGAGUAUGCAGGUUAUUUCAUCCCAACGGAGACCGGGCAUGUCGAACCUGGCAAGAGACUCAUCAAUUGGGUGUGGUACUAUGUUCUCCCCGACGGGUCGCCCGAGAUGGAUACCAUCUUCACCGAUAUCAAUGGCAAGGUACACCCCAACACGGUCCCCCAAGGGCUCGUCAACCCUGGAGUUUGGGCGUCUCAGGUAGCACGAUACCUUCCGCAAAUGACGGCCCCGCUUGCUGAAGUGGUCAGCAAGACGCCUAGGCCGUUUGUAACGAAGGUGGGAGAAGCACAAUGCUUUGCGCCCAGUUUCUACGAUGGACGGGUCGUUCUCGUAGGCGAUGCAUUCACAGGCUUCAGGUCACAUCUGGGAAUGGCAUCGGAACAGGCUGCUCGCCAUGCCGUGCAAAUGGAUAAAGUCUGGCGGGGGGAGAUGACCAUGAAACAACGCGAUCGGGAGGCAAUUCUAUACGCGAAGCGUUUCAUUUUGUUGAAUAGGAUGGUUGGGUGGACUGGACUCGGGUGGGUAUUUUCCCUUUUCACCGCUAUGGCGAGUUACGCGUGGCUGGCAGUUGAGCAGGUGCUGGGUAUUGCGUAG